AGGACACGCUCUGUAAUUGAGGAUCAAAGCUCCUGCCUUUGCCUCUCCAUCCUCACAGGAGCUGCUCCCUGCACAGCUCCGGAGCAUCCCCGGCCGUGUCGUGACAGCUCUCACACGUGGACAGGAAGCUCUGUGGCGCGGGGAUGGAUGUGAAGAGCACCCCGAGUUACCUGUACUGGCUCUUCUGCCAGUUUGAGCUGAUCACCUGCAGUUACCUGAUGGAGCCCUGGGAGAAGGUGCUCUUCUACUCCUUCAACCUGGCCAUGCUGGGGCUGCUGCUCUACACCACCUAUGUCUGCCUGGCUUUUCACGCCAGCUCAGCCUUCCAGCUCCUCUGCAGCUUCCUGGGAAACCCACGGGAAAAUGCUCUUGCUGUGGUGAAGUAA